AUGGCAUCCUCUUCCCAACGACGUCAAUUCGGUCACAACGUGCGUCCUGCAAGCGGCCAUGCCUUCAAUGGUUUUGGCACCGCACGAACACUCGUGCGUGGCUUGUCGCGUAUCAUAUUCACGUCUCUGCCUGCCGGAACCGUGUCGGCCGCGCCGCUCUCUGCUUCCGAUGCCGUGAGCAAGCGAAGUGCUGCCUUUUGGCCUUCGCAGCACCUCGACGAGGACGACCCUGAUGCAAGCGGUGCCAGUUUAUGGGUGCUCUAUGUCGCGUCGGCUGUUCUUGUUUUGCUUGGCGGCGCCUUCGCUGGACUAACAAUUGCAUUGAUGGGCCAAGACAGCAUCUAUUUACAAGUGCUCUCCCGUGAUGAUACCGAUCCUCAACAAAAGAACGCAAAGCGAGUCGACGAUCUCCUAAAACGCGGCAAGCACUGGGUGCUGGUGACAUUGCUCCUCUCCAACGUCAUUGUCAACGAGACUCUCCCUGUUGUGCUGGAUCGCUGCCUCGGCGGCGGCGUAGCUGCCGUGGUUGGCAGUACACUCCUGAUCGUUGUGUUCGGCGAGGUCCUACCCCAAUCGAUCUGUGUCCGUUAUGGCCUGCAAAUCGGCGGUAUCAUGGCUAAGCCGGUCCUUGCUUUGAUGUGGCUUUUGGCUCCCAUUGCAUGGCCCACAGCUAAAGUUCUCGAUCAUGCGCUUGGCGAGGACCACGGCACCGUUUACAAGAAAAGCGGUCUGAAAACGCUCGUGACGCUUCAUCGAUCCCUAGGCGAGGUGUCGGAGCGUCUGAACCAAGACGAAGUGACAAUUAUCAGUGCUGUCCUUGACCUCAAAGAGAAGCCUGUUUCUAAUGUCAUGACGCCCAUGGAGGAUGUGUUUACCAUGUCCGAAGAUACCAUCCUGGACGAGAAAAUGAUGGACAUGAUUCUCUCUGCUGGUUACUCCCGCAUUCCGAUUCACGAGCCAUUCAACCCAACCAAUUUUGUUGGCAUGCUGCUUGUCAAGAUUCUAAUUACGUACGAUCCGGACGACAAAAUUCGUGUCAGCGAAUUUCCUCUCGCCACACUCCCCGAAACCCGUCCUGAAACAAGCUGCCUUGAUAUUGUUAACUUUUUCCAAGAAGGCAAAUCGCACAUGGUACUCGUAUCUCAGUAUCCUGGUGAAGACCAUGGUGCGCUGGGUGUUGUCACUCUGGAGGAUGUUAUCGAAGAGUUGAUUGGAGAAGAGAUCAUCGACGAAUCGGACGUUUAUAUCGACGUCCACAAGGCCAUCCGCCGUCUUCAACCGGCGCCCAGAGCCCGGCCGACUCGCCACCGAUCUUUAGCUUCCGAGUUCGGUGCGACGGCAUCGACGGCGGCUACGAGAGUAGCCGAUGAAGACGAAGACAACAAUGGCGAGGCUGAGCCGUCGUUGCAACAGCAAACCAUUCCGGUUCUGCGUGCUUUAUCAAAGACAAAUACCGCUGCUCGUGCCUUGUCGACAAGCCCGAAAACCACGACUGUCAUGAUGCGGCGCUGUUCAGCGGGUGCCGAUGGCCGCCUGACAAAGUCUACGGUCCCGGUCCGAGCCAACAUCGACGAAAUGUGGCAGCACCUACGUCAUCUAGGCCCGUCUAAUCGGGCUAACAAUCCGAAGAAUACCCGGUCAACAACGGUAAAAAUCAAACAGGGCCAUUCGCAUGCUGGGCACCAAGCCCUCCUUGAGCCAGUUCUCGUUGCAGAUGAUUUGGAAAGCCCGCACAUUGACGACGAGACGGACGACGAAGACGCAGGAGAGACCACUCUGCUUUUGUCACCGAAGGUAUCAAACGGCAAGGAUACCCAAGCAAGCUCCCGGACACCCGUGCAAGAUUACGGCACUACCCGAAUUGUGUUCCAAAAGCCUGAUACAGAGAGAAACGACGACUAUACAAAUGACGGCUUGUACACCGAUGCCAUCGAUACUCCGGCCAUUGAAAUUGGAACGCGCAGUGGUGAGAGCGUUACUAAUAGAGACUCUGGGAAGCAAAAUGUUAUCAUCAACUUGGACCGUGGCGGUGGUAAUAUCAACCUCGAUGUCGGCGCUAGCAAGACCUCUGUUUUUGGCGAGAGUGCACACCCCAGCUCCGAGAGCAGUCCAAACCGCAGCAUCGUAGUGGCGGACAUCAACACACCUAUCUCACGACGAUCGCUUGUGCGCAGUGGCAGCAUCACGGAGAAUGUGAUUGAGACGAGGGGUAUCCGCAAAGUCAUUCUGGAAACGACCAGUUCGGCUGAAGACGACGACGAGGCCGUGGUUGGCACUGCCAGCAGCGUUAUUCAACGGCGCAGUCCUCUAAGUGGUUUCCAAAGCCCCGUGACACGCAACACUCAUGUUUCCGAGGUGGAAGAUAAGACAGUCAAGAAAAGGGAUCUUGAAACAGCACUGUUUGCGGCUCAGUCCGCGGAAGCUUCCGCCCAUAUUUCAACACCGAGCAGCAGCCAAAUUGACGGCACUGAAGGCCAAGAAAGCGAUUCCGUUGCCGCGGCCGAUGCCAGUGACCGUCCCAAAAAGAAGACCCGCCGCAAGAAGAGGAAAAACACAAAGUGA